CAGACAGCAGCAAAAAGCAACGACUGUGAUAUAUUCGACUGGAAUAUGGUGACAAUAUUUGGAAAGAAAUAUUAAAAGUAGCAAAUUGUAAGCACACCGUAUUCAAUACUCACCAAAUUUAUCCAGACGGUUUGGCUUUGGAAUUGGGACAAGCUUGUGCACAAGUAACCGGAGGAAGCUACGAGAAGUUUAUUAGCUUUUUUGGAAAAUGUUUUAUGCGAUUUACAUCCAGAUUUGGUUACGAUGUUACCAUCAAAUCAACUGGUCGAUACUUCACCGACUUUCUACAAAGCGUGGACAAUAUACAUCAUCAAUUUUCGUUUACUUAUCCGAAAAUGAAAAGUCCAUCGAUGUAUUUGACGGAAAUUGAUGAAAAUGGAUGCGUUUUGGUUUAUAGGAGUAGCAGAUCUGGAUACACGUCGUACAUAAUGGGCGUCCUUGAGGAAUGUGCCAAUUAUUUUUUCCAUUUGAAAAUCAAAAUCAAAAUUUUGGAAGAGGCUCAUUCGGCAAGCGGAUCCAAAAAAAAUAUUCUUGUUAGGUUUAGGUUGGAUUUUGAGAAUAAGGCUUAUAUGCUGCAUAUGCAAAGUAAGGAAAACGUUCAAAGAUUUGCAAAAUUACAUCCAAUUUCUGUAGACCUAUUUAUUUCUCUGUUUCCAUUUGCUGUAUUGAUGGACAGAAGUUUGCAAGUAAUCGCUGUUGGUGACAAUUAUUCGAAAAUCUGGAAUCCUAAUGAGUUGUGCAUCAACAAACCGGCUUCAAAGUAUUUUAGGCUUCAACGACCUAAAGGAAUAUCUUUGACAUGGAAAAAUAUGAGAAAUCUUCAAGCGGUUAUCUUUGAAAUGGAAUGUAACCGCGGAUAUGAUAAUUUCGAUGAAAAUCGAGCAGAAGAUUCAAAGGAAACAGAAAAUGCAAAUGUCAUUGCAAAAAACUAUUUACUUCUCAAAGGACAGAUGAAAUUUAUACCAGAUAUUAAUAGCAUUGUAUUUUUGUGCAGUCCAAUAAUUAAUGACAUUGGAGAAUUAAAUCUACAAUCUCUUUUCCUCAAUGAUCUCAAUUUCCAUGGACUAAGUCGCGAAAUGGUUUUAGCUGGAUGGCAGCAUAAUUCAAAGCUUCAAACUAUGUUCGACAAAGCCGAACAAAACGCGGAAGAGCUGGAACUAAGCCACGAGCUUUUGGAUCAAUGGAAGAAACGUGGCGACGAGCUUUUGUAUUCCAUGAUACCAAAAGCUAUCGCUGAUAGGUUGAGUACUGGAACACCCGCUCUAGAGACUUGUGAGUCUUUUAGCUCAGUCAGUAUUUUGUUUUGCGAAAUUGUUGGACUACAAUCGGAAACAGUAAAAGAAACGAUGGACAUGGUUACAACUAUGAAUGAAGUAUUUUCGGCCUUUGAUCAGCUCAUGGACAAAUUCAACGUUUAUAAAGUUGAGACAGUGGGUCAAGUCUAUAUGGCAGCGUGUGGUGCUCCAGAAAGGGUAGAAAAUCAUGCCCAAAUAAUGGCAAAUGUUGCUUUGAAUAUGAUAGACGUUGCCAGAGCUGUUGAAGUGCCUUCAGGCAUUCCUGUUGAUGUGAGAGUUGGAAUGCAUUCUGGACAUGCUGUAGCUGGAUGUGUGGGCAUUAAAGUACCUCGGUACUGUUUUUUUGGCGAUACCGUUAACACAGCUUCAAGAAUGCAGUCGAGCAGUGAACCUGGAAAAGUUCAAAUAUCGUUGGAUACAAAAAAUUUACUUCCAGAAGGAGCAUUUAAAAUGGAGAGUCGAGGAUAUGUUAAAAUAAAGGGCAAAGGAGAUAUGUUAACCUAUUGGUUAUGGGAAAAUUAGUUACACCUAUAAUAAUUGAUAGUGAAUCAAUAGAUCAUGAUAGAUAUUUUAAAGAAAAUAGAAAAAUAUACUUAUGUUGAUUUUUUCGCUCUAUGGAAACACUUGUUAUAGAUAAAGUGAGACAAGUUUUAGCUUUGAACUGCACGCCAUAUUACAUCAGUUCACGCUACCUUCAUGUACCUACAAGUAUUAGUUAUGCUAGCAUAAAAUUUACCUUAUGUAAUAUUUUGCGCUAUCUAAGUAAUUGAAAUAUAAGCUACAUUUCAAUUAGAUAGCUACUAGCUGAUAAAAUGUUAUAGAAUCAGUAUAAGUAAUACAAACUAAAAUAAAUAUUGCAAGCUAUUUCAAUUAUCUGGAUUUUGAUUUAUUUAUUUAUAUUCCUCCAAUUACAGGAUCUGCAUUAGAAUCGACAAAUCCAUAAAACGAUCCAUAAUCAGAACCAUUAAUAUUUUGCCCAAAAGUGACAGCAAUAUUAUUAUCACACUCUCCAGUCUUUGCCAACUCUGUAUUAUCACAUCUUAUGGCAAUAUAGUCACUAGAAUUUAAGGUCUUAGUGAAAAGUUUAUGGGAAAAGCUAUGGCUGCACUCA